AUGAGUGCAGUUGACGACCAUCCAAAUGGCUACCCCCGUCUAGCGGCCCUGCUCAAUAGCGACGAGAACUUCCUGAUCUGUCGCAAGUACGGCUUCCUACAUAAUCGAGUACUCCUCUAUCGUCAGGACGAACUGCGCGAGCUCGAACAAGAGCUAUUGUCUAUGGACAAGGCUGCCCAAAAGAAGGAUGACACCAUGUUGAAGUGUCGCACACGCGAGGAAAUGAAGACCGACGAGAGGCGAGCGUUGAUCAAUAGAAUCGAUGACAAGCUUCGGGAAUACAACGAUAUUGUGCAGCGUACCAGAUCUUUCGCGUCAUUACAACGAGCAACAGAGCGCAAUCACAAGAGUGUGUGGAACUGGGUACAUCAUAGUGCACCUUUAGUACAAGCCGAAGCUUCGACCUUCGACAAAGACCGCGACUUCGUGGCAAUUGUUGAUGCAAAGGAAGGUAGCUGGUUUGAUGGCCGUGUCGAAACGGCUUUGUCUAAAUUCGGUGGCUCAUUCACGAGGAAAAUAUUCAUCUCUAAACGCGAUCGCAGUAGCACAUCUGACAAGCUUGUCAGACUCUACUCCAAGAAACGUAUUGACGUUUUCUCACGCCUUGUCAUCACCUUCCUCGCCGUCAUAUUAUUAAUGGCUCCCGUCAUUGCAUUGUUCGGUAUAAAUCAACGCGCUAGCAUCAAGAUCUUGAUUAUCUUCCUAUUCACAAUGGCAUUCUCUGUAGCGCUAAGCUUGUGUACAAAAGCGAAGAGGCACGAAGUGUUCGCCGCCACUGCUGCAUACUGCGCAGUCCUAGUUGUGUUCCUGGGGAAUCUAUGA